AUGGAUUGUAAAAUAGCCCUGGCUCAAGAUGCGUCAAGCAGUCUUCUUGAAGGCCCCAUCGCCGAUGUUUCAUUUAACCUCAGCACGGGGGUUCUGGCUGCUGCUUGCUCAGAUUCGACAAUUGUUUUAACAAACACAGAGUCAGAGCACAGAAGAUCCACUGUUAGGAUGAGCAUGGACUCCAUCAGCAGAAUUGAAUGGAUAAGCCACUACGAGUUUGUGGCUGCGGGAUCUGAUGGCUGCCUGCACUAUUACAGUAUAAUGGACAUGAGGAGCGAGCGCUUUCCAGUUCACAGCUGCAGCAUUGCUGCCAUGAAAAGGCGAAGUGACUUUCUCUUUACGGGAUCAGCUGAGGGAAACGUAGGUGUGUGGGAUUUUAGAAAGAAGAAAACGGCAGUUGACAUACAGCACAGUGUAAGAAAUAAGAAUCAGCCUAUUAAAGAUAUUGAGGUGCACGGGAACUACUUGUACUCGUCUACAAUCUACCAGGGCAGAGUAUGGAUGUGGGAUCUAAGAAACACGAGUAGAAAACUAUGCAGCAUUGAGACCAGGUAUUGCCAAAACUGUCUAGCAUUUGUGCAUGGAAAUCUGUACUCGGUCAGUGACUGUGGAGUCUUGAAGACUUCGUCUUCG